CAACAAUGCCUGGGGCUCUCCCCACCUUGCCGCGAAGUAUCCAAAUAGGCCAGCCGUCGACGACGAUGUGGAUGCGGUUGCGGACGAGUUGAAUAAUGCGUGGGGUUCGUCCAAGGUUGUGGCGGCGUCAACGGAGCUGCAAGAGCAGCAACAUCAGAUGAAUAUUGGUCGUAGUGAAGAACAACCUGAAGGAGAAGAGAACCACGCAGGAGCAAACGGAAGCACAGCAGAUACGGAAGCGCUAACAGACGUCAUUGUUCAAGCAGUGCAAAAAGCACUUGGCACGACAACUGACAAGAAAGCAGUAGAGGAAAUAUCUUCUAGAGCGCAACAAAAACUACAACAGCAACAACUUCAAGGAACAUCAACCAAUACCCUCAGGAGCAAGUCUUCUAAACGCGCGAAGAAGUACAGCGCAUCUGCAGCGACGAAACUGAAAGCAAAGAGACAAGCUAUCAAGACUUCGAUAACCAUUCCGAAGAGGACAGAUAGUGCCGAGGUUUCAGUGAAGUCCGCCAAGCACUCAAAAACUCGCACGACAAUAGCCACACCGAUCUCAGACGCCUCUCUGUCUGGGCACGGGAGCAGUAGCACUAAUGGGAAAAACGGUUCUGCAGGAGCAGCAGCGAUUAAUAAGAAGUUUGCAUCGACUUCUGCAAAACAGAAAGUUACAACAUCCUCUGAGGAAGAAAUCGCUGUGCAGAAGGACAAGGAAAAGCAGAAAAACAAGAAUAAAAUAAAACAUCGUCCAUCCGUCUCGAGAAAGACAAGUAAGAGCAUGAAGAAAGGCCACGUGAUUGCAGGAACAAAGAAGAACUCGUCGGGCGCUGCGUUGAUCCGGAGAGGCCGAGCAGAACUGGAGGCCGAGCAGGACGUGCUACUGCAGCAAGUCGUGCACGAUCUACACACUCUCAAGCAGGUGCAACGGCGGAAGCAUGGUACUAGUGCAGAGAGUCUCAAGCAAAUUGGCGGCGUUCUCCAAAAUUUGGAGCAACUCAGUGUGCGCGAAGGAGAGGACGCAGAAGAUGAGGCUGAUGAUCUUGAGACAACAGGAGCAGAACAGGCUGAAAACGAGGAUCAUAGCGUCAUGAUGAGCAGUCUUGUGGACGAUGAGGAUUCAUCUUCAAGCGAUAAUAUGGAGGACCACAACCGAAUCCGAACGCAUGACGUUGAUGGUGCACAAAAAUCGCAUGAAGACGGUGGACAAGACGAGAUCAUUUUUACUAGCAGUGUUUCUGUUCCCGUAAGUGGAGUAGGACAUGCUCCAUCUACUGCUUCACGACAUCCUACUGCACCUGGCACCUCUGCGGCUUUGAGUCAGAUACGGC